GCCAUGGCCCCGGACCCCUACUCGGCGCAGGCCACGGCGGCCAUCGCGGCCGUCAUCACCUUCCUCAUCCUCUUCACCAUCUUCGGCAACGCCCUGGUCAUCGUGGCCGUGCUGACCAGCCGCUCGCUGCGGGCCCCCCAGAACCUGUUCCUGGUGUCGCUGGCCGCGGCCGACAUCCUGGUGGCCACGCUCAUCAUCCCCUUCUCGCUGGCCAACGAGCUGCUGGGCUACUGGUACUUCCGACACACCUGGUGCGAGGUGUACCUGGCGCUGGACGUGCUCUUCUGCACCUCGUCCAUCGUGCACCUGUGCGCCAUCAGCCUGGACCGCUACUGGUCGGUCAGCCGGGCCCUGGAGUACAACUCCAAGCGGACCCCGCGGCGGAUCAAGGCCGCCAUCCUCACCGUCUGGCUCAUCGCGGCCUUCAUCUCGCUGCCCCCGCUCGUCUACAAGGGGGACAAGGGCCCGCGGGUGCCCGGCCGGCCGCAGUGCAAGCUCAACGACGAGGCCUGGUACAUCCUGGCGUCCAGCAUCGGCUCCUUCUUCGCCCCCUGCCUCAUCAUGAUCCUCGUCUACCUGCGCAUCUACUUCAUCGCCAAGCGCCGCAACCGGCCCGGCCCGCGGGCCGGGCGGCCUCCCGCCGACGGGCCCCCCGCCCACGGGCCCCCCGGGGCGGGCUCGGACGGGGCCCCCGGGACCGGCUCGGACGGGGCCCCCGGGGCCGGCUCGGACGGGCCCCCCGCCGACGGGCCCCUCGGCCGGCCCGACCCUCCGCCCGCCCCGGACCCCGAGACCCUGGAGCCCAACGGGCGGCCCGCCAUCCCGGAGGACGGGGAGGCAGAGAAGGGGCGGCGGCCCCCCGACCCCCGACCCCCGGCCCCCCCUCCCGCCCGGACCUUCCCGCUCAGCCCCGAAGGUGGGGGGCAGGAGGGCGGGGGCCGCCAGCCGCCUCCCCCGGGGGCCGAGGAGGAGGAGGAGGAGGAGGAGGAGGAGGAGGAGAGGGAGGAAGGUCCAGAGAUGGGGGAGAUGGAGGAGGAGGAGGAGGAGGAGGAAGGGCAGCCCGCGGGGCGUCCGGCCCGCUCCUCGCCCUCCUCCCCCGCACCCCCGCGGGGCGCCCCGCCGCUGACCACCGGCCCGGGCCGGGCCGCGGCCUCCCCCCGGGGCCGGCCGCCCUGGAGGCGUCGGACCCAGCUCAACCGGGAGAAGCGCUUCACCUUCGUGCUGGCCGUGGUCAUCGGCGUCUUCGUCCUCUGCUGGUUCCCCUUCUUCUUCAGCUACAGCCUGGGCGCCGUCUGCCCCCAGCGCUGCAAGGUCCCCCACGGCCUCUUCCAGUUCUUCUUCUGGAUCGGCUACUGCAACAGCUCCCUCAACCCCGUCAUCUACACCGUCUUCAACCAGGACUUCCGCAAAGCGUUCCGCCGGAUCCUCUGCCGCCAGCCCACCCCGACCGCCUGGUGAGCCGGGGCCGCCCCCCGCCCCGACGGCCCCGGCCUCCGGGCGGCCCCGCCGGGGAGCCGUCGGUGGACGCCCCGUCGGACCCUCCCCGCCCUUAUUUAUUCGCCGUCGGUCCGGGGAGAGAGGGGGGCGCGCUUCUGGGGACGUGAGGGUGUGUUCGUGGGGUGCCACCCGACCCCAGGUCUCCGCCUGGGCCCCUCGGCCCCGCGGUGCCGUCGGCGCCCUCCCCCUCCUCCGCCCUGCCCUCUUCCCCUCCUUCGGGUCCUUCCCGGAAAAGAGCCCCGGAUCUGACCGUCCGACUCCCUCGCCUCCCUGGAGAGGGCCUGGGCGAGUGGAUCGCGCGGCCCGUCGAAGGGAUCCGGGGGCCCGGCCUCGGUUUCCCGGCCCCCCCUCCCUCCCUCCCUCCCCCCGCGCCUCGUCCCCGCCAGCGAGGGCGACAGAAGCGCGGGCCCCCUCCCGGCCCCGGCCCGGCCCGCCGCAAGACGAAAGACUUGAAGGACUCGGCCGGGGCGGCGGGCAGAGGGGAAGGGAUGUUCCCCGGGGGCGGCGGGCCAGCCGGCGCGCUCUCACUGCUCCCCAUUUGCCACCCCGACCGGGCUCCGGGCCGCUCGAUCCUCUCGGCCUCAAACUGGAAGCGAGGGAGGGAGAGGAGCGGAUGGCACUGAACUCGCUUCCCCGGGGGCGGGGGGGCUUGGACUAUCAUCCCGCACGACCCCCCCGCCUGACAUUUCACCUGCCACGCCGUCCGAGUCGCUCCCCCGCCCCGGCUCCCUUCCCCGGGCAUCGGAUAAUCCCUCUGUCAUCAACCGGGCGAGUGCCUCUCCCCGAGAUGCUAAAAAUACCUAGACGGUGGGCAGGCGAGGAGACGACGGGCCGCCGGGCGGACACGCAUGGCUUCGGAGGCUGGCCGCCGGGCCGGGAGCCAUGCGCCGGCCGGAGGGCCGGGAAGAAGCCUCCCCCGUCCCACAGCCCGGCCCUGGGACAGAGCUGGGCCCGGGCACCGGCCUGAUGGGGGUCUCGGAUGUCGUGGGGGAAGCGCAGGCCUGACCGGGUCUCAGAAGCCGUGAGGGGACGUGCCUCCCGCGCUGGAGGGGCCGGGGGUUGCCAAGAGCGGCGUUUCCCGCUCUGGGGGGCGGUUGAGGGGUCUCUCUGGUGACGGGCCCUGUCAGAGGACUCCCAGGAGAAUGCCACUUGCCCUGAUACCAACUCUCGGGGAAUGGGGACUCGCCCC